AUGGCGCAGACGGAGUCGGCCUUCGAGGCAACAGAGCAGUCGCACUGGGCCGGAGUGGACGAGACCAUCGAGGAUCCCGAGGAGGAGAGGGUUAUAUUCUGUGCUCUCGAUUCCUUCAGUCAAUAUGCCAAAACUGCACAUCUGAACAGUACACAUUUUCGCAGGCAGGCGUUCUACGCAUUACCCCAAGCGCACUGGCAGAUGCUGGCAGCACCUCCGUUCAACUACCUGGACACACUAAAUAGAGUGGACGACGCCAUCGAGAGCAACGCCGCGCUGGCGCGGACGAUCGUCAAGCAUGGCCUGAUCUCCUUUGGCAUGGUUCAGUCUGGAGCCGAGGUUUCAAUGCCUGACGAGUGGGCGGGGAUAGCCAAAGGCCAGGACGUGGACAAAGCACGCAGCACGUUACGGCAAUUCUACCGCGAUUGGUCAGCGGAAGGCGCGACUGAGCGUGAUGCUUGUUACGGACCGGUCUUUGAGGCAUUGGAGGCUGAGAAAUCAAGAUAUCCUGAUCGGACACCACUAAGUGUCUUGGUACCUGGGGCUGGCUUGGGCCGACUGCUCUUCGACCUAUGCCUACGUGGGUAUAACGGCGAGGGAAAUGAGAUCUCAUAUCACCAGCUGUUGGCGUCUUCGUAUAUCCUCAACCAUGCUCAUCGCGCCGGCGAGCAUGAGAUCUUUCCGUGGAUUCACUCCUUCUCCAACCACAAAAGCCGCAGCAACCAAUUCAAGUCAUACAAGAUUCCCGACAUCCACCCCGCGACAGCACUCACUCAAGCUCAGACUCCCGGCACAAUGCAGAUGUGUGCGGCCGAUUUCCUGUGCUUGUACAGUGACGACAAUCACAAAGAAUUGUACGAUGCCGUAGCGACAGUCUUCUUCCUCGACACGGCGCCAAACUUGAUUCGGUAUCUGCAGGUCAUCAAGCACUGCUUGAAACCAGGCGGUGUUUUGAUCAACGUCGGGCCGCUUCUAUGGCAUUGGGAGAACCAGGUACCGGGCCACCAUGGAUAUGAUGGUGAGGGAGACUAUGACGAGAAGAACUCUCUGGGCAUCGCUGAUCCGGGGAGCUUCGAGCUCAGCGAAGAGGAAGUCAUUGCUCUUGUUGAGCAGAUGGGCUUCGUGAUGGAAAAACGAGUGUCAGACAUCAGGGCACCAUACGUACAAGACCCACAAAGCAUGUUGCAGACGGUAUAUAGUGCGAGCCACUGGGUCGCCAGAAAGGCACCGCAGCCAUGA